UUAUUAAAAAAGUUUAAAAUUAAAAAAGAAAGAAAUGAAAUCUUAAAAAAUUUCUUAAAAAUAAUGAAAAAUUGUUUAAAAAGUUUAAAAAUAUAAAAAAGAAAAUUUCUGAAAAUCUCCCUUUAAAAAGUGAUUAAUGUGUCUGGCCACAAUAAUACGCCAUAAAUCGAUAGAUUUGUUUCCAGAAAAACAAAUUUUAUUAAAACAAUCCCUUAAAACUUAAAUUAUUAUAAAAACGUCAUCCAAAAAAAUAUCUCUACAUUAAAAAAAAAAAUAACAAAAAAUAUAUAUAUUGCACUAAAAAAAAUUUCACCCAGACUUUCCCCCUUCCAUUAUUUAAAUUAAUAUUCAAAGUGUAUCACAAAAAAUAAAAAAUCCCUCUUACCACCCUACACCACUUUGGAAGCUAAACGUAAAAAAGCACUCAACUGCACAUGUUGUUUGUCAUAUAGAGUCAGUCAGUCGGUGUCAGACAUGUCGGUGUUAAAAAAUGAGGUGUAACCGUGGCAGGUUGUAUAAAAGGACAGACAACUAAAGUUAAAAAUAUAAAAAAGGUCAUAAAACAUUCUUCUAAAACUCACCUUGGAAGACCUAAAGGGAACAGUUUAGGAACUUUUAGCGAAUUGUAAAUGACUCCUCGACUACGUUAAGUUUAUUAAAAAAGAACUUUAAAAAUUUGAAACCAGCAAACAACUAAAUAAAAUGUUAAAAUUUUCGUAAAAAAACACAAAAACAAAAAACUUUUAUAUUUAAUUUUUCGUUUCAAAUUUAAAUAAUUUUCCAACAACAAUAAUUUUAACACCACUUUCUACGUAUUCUACAAAAUGUUUAAAUUUAUUAUUUAUGUUUUUGUUUAAAAAAAUUUUGAGACGACGAAAAUUUUGGAAAAACAAAAAAAUGCACAAAAUAAUCAAAUUUAAAAAGAUCUUAAAAUUUAAGUAAAAAAAGACAAUAAUAAAUUAUAAUAGCAACAACAACAAAAAACCAGCAACAAACAUGUUCGAUAUUCGUUGAGUUCCUAUAAAAUGCACGGCUGAAACGACAACAAACACAUACAAACCAAAACCAAACAUAAAAAAAUCGUAAUAAUACCAACAACAACAAUAAAUUACCAUAUAAAACCUAUAAUAAAAACAGAACAAAAAGAAACUCUCACAAUACACUCACCCACACACUUACUCUCUCUCUCUCACACUCUUCCUUAUAUAAAAGAAAUAAAUGGCGUUGAUGAUAAAAAUGAUGUUGCCAGCAAAUAAACAAACAUCAUCAGCAACAACUACUAUUACUACUACUAUAGCAACAACAAAAACAACUUCUAUUAACAACAACUUUAACAAUAAUAAACAAACAUUGAUGAUGAGACGACGAGCUUGAAAAACAAAAACAACCAGCAACAAAUUUCCAGUUAUUUUCUUAUCAAAUCUGAAAUAUUAAGGACUCUACACCCUCUCACUCUCUAUAUCCUGUUUUCAUUUCCUUCUGCUGCAGAUUCUUUCGAUACUUGUUUGGUUUCAGCAACAAAUUUAUGAAUAUUUGAGACUACUUACUCCAACAACAAAAUAAACUUGCAUACUACUCUACCAAAAAAAAGCUCAAAAACUUUACACACCCAAAGUCUUCCAAAGCUUAAAAUUAUUAAAAAAAGGAAAAAUUUUUUUAUAAAAAAAAAAAACAAAGAAAAGCUGUAACAACAACUACUAAUAUAAAAGAACAUACUGAAAAAGUUUAAACUAAAAAGAAAACCAAAAAAAAAAAAACAAAUAACGCCUUUAACAAGGCAUGUUUAUACCUGAUUCUUUACGUAGCUGUAUGAUCGAGACGGACGUUAAUUCUUAUCUACAAACAUCAUCCUCAGGACAGGAUGAGUUUCAUCCGUUCAUUGAAGCCCUACUACCGUAUGUCAAAUCAUUUUCGUAUUCCUGGUUUAAUUUACAAGCAGCCAAGCGAAAAUAUUACAAAAAGCAUGAGAAACGCAUGUCACUGGAGGAGGAGAGACAUUGUAAAGAUGAGUUACAGAACGAAAAAGCAGAAGUUAAACAAAAAUGGGCCUCUCGCCUCUUGGGCAAACUACGCAAAGACAUAACGCAAGAAUGUCGCGAAGAUUUCGUACAAUCGAUUACGGGUAAACGUAAAUCGAUAUGUGUUCUCUCCAAUCCCGAUCAAAAAGGCAAAAUGCGGCGCAUUGAUUGCCUACGUCAAGCGGACAAAGUAUGGCGUUUGGAUUUAGUUAUGGUCAUACUAUUCAAAGCCAUACCUUUGGAGAGUACCGAUGGUGAGCGUUUGGAAAAGUCACCCGAAUGUAUACAUCCAGCCUUGUGUGUUAAUCCUUAUCACAUUAAUGUUUCGGUACGAGAACUAGACCUAUAUUUGGCUAAUUUCAUUAACACACACGAUCCGCUAAGUAGUCCUACGCCCUCAUCACCACAUCCGGGUACGCCUACCACGCCAUCACUCAUGCUGUAUAGUAAUGAGCAUAACAAUAACAACAACAAUAAUCCAGCCGACAAUAAGAAACACGCCGAUGAAGAGCGUAAAGCGAAAGAUGUCGAGAGCACACCAUUUGCUGGCUACAGUCAUAAUCCCUACAAUGGUGUGGUUUGCAAUGAUAUUAUCUUGGCCACUGGGGUAUUCUCUUCCAAGGAACUGUGGAAGUUAUCAAAAGCUUCCAUACUGGAAGAAACCACCAAUGAUCUCAUACAGGCCAGUUCCAUUAAACUGGAACAUCCAACAGCGGCCUAUGAAUGCCAAACAUAUCAAAUGACUGCAUCAGCAGCUCCUCUCGGUUCGGUGGUGGGAGGAGUGAAUAGUUUGAGUUCUUCGAGCGGAGGAGGUGGUAUGGUUUCAGGCGGAGAUGGCAGAUCCUCGGUUAGUGCUUCUAUGGUAUUGCCCUCGGGCUAUAGCAUUGAUUUUGUGGAUCCCCGCAGCAGUAUGCAUCUUUCUAACUCUUCUUUAUUGCGUGCUGCCGCUGCUGUAUCUUGUAAACCUGAUCCUAAUGGUUCGCCGCAGGAUUCGGUGGGCGGACCCAGCAGUUUUUCUGUGAUAUUGAGGCAAAAUGAAGACAAUGGCAGCAAUAAUGGCGGCUCCAACAAUGAGGAAGUGGCUCUUCAAAGAUACACUCCUACCAGCAAUAGGGUGUUGUUAAGCAUGGGACAAAUGAGACCAGGAGAAGUGUUAAUGCAACACAAUGUGAGUUCUACAUUGGUGCCAAAUUCCGUCAGUCCGGCUUUGUAUUAUCCACAACAUAACAGUCCUUCUGCCAAUCCCUCUGACAAUUCCGAAGAAGCUCAACACCAGCAGCAGCAACAACAACAACAACAGCAGCAUCAACAACAGCAACAACACCAACAGCAACAACAGCAGCAACAUCAACAGCAACAUCAUCAUCAGCAGCACUUGCAUCACUCUCAAACUUCUUCCACUCCCAAAUACGCCACAGAAGUUAUUAAUCAUGGUCAGGAUAUGUCGGAAUUUGUGGCCUAUGUUUGUCAAGAUGCUUCUGGUGUUAAUCCUUCGGAAGCUGAUUUACAUGCUCAUCAUCAUCAAACGUCUUCCCAUUUUCAAUUGCAACAUGCUGCCGCCGCCGCUGCUGUUGGACGUAGCCCCAAAUUGUCAGCCGUAUCAGCUGCAGCAGCUGCUGCUCAUUAUCAACAAUACAGUACCAUGUUGCCUCCGCCUCCUCUGCCGCCAAUGGCGCGUCCUGUGGCCAUAAUACGUUCUACUGGUGAUUUGACUAUGGUGGCUUCUCCACCCACUUCCGCCAGCAUAACACCGCCUCCCUUGACUAGUGUUAGCUCGGCUGGAGAUUCACCUCGUCAUCAUCAUCACAGCCAUCAACAAAUGCAACAACAUCAUGCUCAUCACCACCAUCAUCAUCAUCAACAGCAUGCCGCCCAUCACCAGCAGCAGCAACACACCACCAUAGAUCACAGUACUAGCACUGGCUUGAGUUCCAUGUCCUCCAAACUAACCAAUACAACAGCCUCCAGUUCCCAACAAGAUUCAGGCAAUAAUACCAUUACCGUAGGCAGUAGCACCAACUCUUCGGAUUUGGUAGUGGCCUCAACAUCCUCCGCCUCACCUCCUCCUGCACCCACACAAAGUCCACAACAUCAUAUCAUUGAUGUGGCCCGCUGUAAGACCUCACCCACAUCGUCCUCUUCGGCCAUAGCGGUUUCGACUCCGACUUCGGCGCUCUCACGCAUAUCGGCUCAACCGUAUCCGCAAACAAAUGGACGCGAGUACUUUAAUCAUUUCCAUACACAAACAACACCGCUGCUGGGUUAUACCACCAUGUCGGGUGUCAUAAGUCCCACUAACUUAAGUUUAUAUUCCUCGUCAUCGGGCGUUUCCUCACAUCGCACAACACCCCGUUCACGUUGGAAUCCCUCAUUUCUUUCUAUGGAAGAUGAUUUUAAUAUGAUGGGCCAUACCUUGUCGAGCACAAAUCCUGAGGCUACCCCUGUUAUACUCAUGGAAGAUUCUGGCCGCUAUAGUGAUGAAUAUGUCACCAGUCGUGAUUACGUUACAUGAUUAUAAAUGCAACAAACUUAUUAUAGGCCCUACUAGAACUGCAAAAUGGUUAAAGUUAAAACUGAAAACUUUAACUCAAAAAAAAAAAAAA